CCCUUUUUCUGCUUCAAAGCUAUGGAGAGCGCGGGGUUUGUUUCCUCGGAGGACCAGGCAAGCCGAGGGGCGCAUGCGCGGUAGAUUGGCGAAAAGGGGGGGGGGGCGCGGAAACCCCUCCAAUCACUCACUCAGAGGACUUUCGAAGCGCGUUUUUGAGGCGGUCGGUUCGUUUCUGCUCGCUGCUGUGGCCCAGCCUUACUGUGGAAGAAAAUCAAUAAGCAUCCUUCAGUGAUGAAGAAAUGGAUAAGAAUCAAGUCAAACUGUAGUUUUUGAAUCCCCAUAAUAAUUCUGGAGCUGCAUGAACGAUAAAAUAGACUCUACCCGUAUGUGUACUGCCUAAGAAACCCCCAGAUAUUGGAUAAUAGAAAUAUGAAACUGAACAACAUUGGGGAAGUUUUGUUUCCGGCCUGUGGUUAGCACUUUUUUUAAAGAUUUAGAACACUUAUAAGAGAACAGUAUUAUGGAAGACUUUAAAGGCAUUGCGGAUGAAACAUUACCAAGUAUUUUGGACCACUCGCUGACUACUCGUACCAGUGAAAUUUUGGAUAAUGUUACAAUGUCAUCAAAUCUUGGUUUGCCAGUUGCUUCUUCAACUGAAGCCCGGCAGAAAACUGACCCUCAUGGCAGAUUUUGUGACCAGGCCUCUUUUAUGGAAAGGAGAUUUUCUGCUCCAUUAGCAUCUUCAUGCAGUGGUGAAUCUGAUUCUGACCCAAGAAGAAAGCUUAUUCUUAACCUUCAAGAUACUGUAGAAAACUGUAAUCAAACAACAGAAACUUGCUUGGAGGCAGACCAGACUGAAUCCGAUUUACAAAGAAGGCAAAACCAAAAUUGUGCUGAAGACUGCAUUGAUACUCAUAAGGAUAUUGCUCCUGAGAAGCUUUCACUUAAAUGUUUGGAAGAUUUGAGAACUACAUUAUUUGCUUCACUGGAAAAGGGGAGUGAAAACAAUAAGGCAUCUUCAUCAGAACUUGGUCAGAAAUGGAUAACAAGUAACACAGGUGACAAUGCUAUCAAUGGCUUUUCCAGAUUCAUAGAAAAUGAAAAACUAUUGAGUUUUGCAAGCUUAGAAGAACAUUCUACAGAUGAUGAUCUUGGAGAUGAGGAAUUCUGUGAUGAUCAGUUGGAGGCCUAUUUUGAACAGCUUGCACUGCCAGAAAUAGAAGAUACAGAAGAACAUGAACUUGGUGAUUAUACGAAAGCCAUAGAAUUGCUUCCAGAUCAGGAACAUUUCCAGACACCUACUGUUUGCCAAGCGUCAGCAAGAACUGAUUCAUAUGAUACUGGUGGUGAACAGUCAUAUGAUAUUAAGGAAACCAGGCACAGUGUGAAAGAUGAGCAAUUUGUGCUAACAAUUGCAGCAGAGGAAGAGGAAGAUAGAUCCAGUGACUGUUCUAAUAAGUGUCCUGUUGGAAUAACAGGCAAUGUAUCUGACACGUCCAUUAGGACAGACAAAUCACACAUUUGUCCAAAUGUAAAAGACUGUUUAGACCAAUAUGGAGAGGAUGAAAUACCCUUUAAGACUAAUCACAUGAUAAAUACCAAAAAUGCAAGCAGAAAAUAUAUUGAGAGUCAGCCUCCGUGUAUCACAGCUGAAAACACUUGUAAUAAGGAUGUCACAGAAAUAACCAAUUCUGAACUAAAACUAGAUUCAGUAUACUUUCAAUGUGUUGAAAAUACGAUUACUUCUAAGAUCUGGAACAGAGAACCGCAGACCCCUUUUUCUCCUCUCUGUCAAGAAGCGAGUGAAAGUUAUGUUCCUCUUGCUGAGGUGUACUUGUCACCAAGUGCAUAUACAGGAACUGAACAUGAUGAGUGCACUUCAGAAGAUGACCCACCACAUAAUGUGGUAUAUCAGAAUGAAGAGGGAAAAUGGGUGACAGAUCUUGCGUACUACACCUCAUUUGAUAAAGAACAAACAGAAAAUAUUCCAAAUGUUAGUGGAGGCUUUGUAGCUGGGUCUGAAGCAAUUGCUAUGAUUGCCCAAGAUCAAGAAGAAUUUGAGAAGGAGCACAGGUUUAUGCAGGAAGAAAAAAUGGAUUCGCAAAAUACCUCUGUAUUUGGGGAUUCAUCAUGGAGAUCAUUUCAUAAUUGCAAUCCCUUAAGGGCUUCACAAAUUAAUCUUACCAAAGAUGCCAGUUAUGUUCGACUCUCUCUGGGAGAGUUUUUUGGUCAGAGAUCUGAAGCUCUUGGCUGCCUUGGAGGAGAGGGUGAUGUGAAACGGCCCUCUUUUGGUUAUGAUAUUACAUCUCCAGAGAAGAGGCAGCCUGUACCUUUGUUGAAUCAGUCUACUAUAUCAAAUGUAAAUAUUGAUGAACAAAAUUUGGAGAUAUCUGGUAGUCUUCAAGGGGAUGUAGGAAAGAGUUUUAAAGAAGAAUCAUAUAUAGCAUCUGCUACAUUUGAUCUUGGUGAAGUGGGCUCACCAGUGAAAGACAAUAUGAGUGAGAAACUUGAAGCAAGAAAAAUUCAGCAUGGGCACCAUGAUGUAGAGGCUUCUAUCCUAAGUAUGAGUACAAUUGCAUCUGCCAUUGCAGAUGCUUCUGUUAGUGCUGAACCUUCACAGCUAGCUGCUUUAAUGAUGAAACUCUCAAGUAAAAGUCAGAAAGAAGAUAAUAUUUCUAAAGCUACCAAGCUCAAAGAUUUUUCUGCCAUCAGGCAACUAUUAUCCACCAGUACAGCAAAUAGCAAGCCUGAAAGUAUAAUUAAACAUGAAGAAAUUGUCUCAAAUGGGCAUAAAUCGGGCAGACAAGAAUGUGAAACUGCGAGUUCUGGAGAGUCAUCCAAAAUUAAUUUUUGUAUUCAGUCUGGAAAAAAGAAGCAGCAUCUGGAAAAAAUAAAGGAGGAAAGGUGUAUCAGAAAUUUACAUUGUGAUACUAGUUCUUCUGAGUGGAAACAAGAAAUGAAAAAUACAGAAAAAUCUUCUAAUAUUGUUGAUUCUGAACUGGAAGAAAUAGAUAGCAAGAGCAAUCAUCCCUACAGUUUAAACUCUACUGCAGCAUUUGUUUCCCAUUUUCCAGUAUGUGGUAACGAAGAAGAAGCUAAAGACCAUGUUAUGUUUGAGGAGACUCAAAACAGUAAAAUCUUGAAAGGAAACGAUAUAUACAGUGAAGGAAGACAUGUAACUUUCGAAAACCUAUCUCCUGAUAACAGAAAAAAUAUUGGUGAAGCAGCUGUAGUAGUUAAACAGACGCUUACAACUUCUAUCACCAAUGCGGAGGCAUCAGAAAAUGAACAGUACAAUUUCAGGCCUUCAACCUCUCCUCUUACUCAUUCAUCUCCAAGUGAUACUUCUUCUUCAACUGCUUCUUCAAGAUCUGAUUGUCCUAAUGCAGCCCCUAAUUUUAAGGAACCAUCUUGCAAUGAUACUACUUUACCUCUGGGGUACACUGAUCCCAGCUUGCAACGAUUGACUUUUGUUUCUGCCACAGAAAAUGCUCUAAAUUAUCUAGCAUUGUCUACUUCAGAGACAUGUCGAACUAAUCGUCCCAGUGAGUUGAGCACAACAAUAGUUUGGACCAGUCCAACUUCAUCAUUGGAGCAAGAAAAUAGGGGAAAACUUCAUUUGCAAAAUGAGAUCAAUCAGCCAAGAAAACAUCCUAAAAAGCUAGAAGUAGACGAAUCUGCUCAACUGACCUGCCUACCUGAAAACCAGAAAUCAACUGGAGAGCUUCCCCCUAAAAGAGAAGAUGAGUCUGCACAGAAUAAUCCAAAUAACAAUGAAUUGACUUGUGUUGAUAUCCCUGUAACAGAGCAUGACUGUAAAAACAUGGCUCAGAAACUAGGCCUAUCCUUGCUAAAAAAUGUGCCUGCUUUUGAUGCUCUAGACGGCUAUAUUGCAGUAAAUCAAAACAGAACAAAUUUCAGAAAUAGUGGUGUUGCUUCAGACUGUCCACCAACAUCUUCUGGAAUUCCAACCUUGCUUACAGGCUGUUCCCUUACAAGAACUCCAUUUGCCCAACACUAUCUAGGAAGCUUGCAGUCUCAGACAAAUGUUUUGCCUCAGUAUCAUGUUGGUUGUCCUCCAGUUUUUGGUGUUCCAGCAGGACUUAUUUAUUCUGCCAUCCCUUUGGAUCAUGUUCAAAAUUCACUGACUGCUGGAUUGGCAUUACGUGCAGAUGUGACAUCCAGAGUAUUAGGUACAACUCCACAUUAUAACUUCCCAUCAAACCAGAAUUUACUCGGCCCAUCUAUAACAGGGCAAAUAGCUGAAAGGGAGGAAUCCAUGCCAUUUGGCUAUGUACGUGUGAAAGUCCCUGCAGAAGUAAAGUUCCCUUAUUCAUGCUGUGUAGGACUGACUUCACACACAGUUCUUAGUAUUCUUAACCCAUCUGAAAGGUGGCUACAAGUCAGCAUCAACCUUCUUAGUGUUAUGCUUAAUGGGGAAAAGAUGGACCCUCAGAAACACAAAUGUCUACUGUUUAAGAACAAAACUGUCAUAGGACCCAGUACUUCAGAAGAGCUAAAAAUGCUAUUUUUACCUUGUAAGGCAGGAGUCUUCCAAUGUGUACUUAGUGUUGCCUCUUGGCCAUUUUCUGCAGAUGCAGAUACAGUUGUACAGGCAGAGGCCUUGUCUACCAGGGUAACAGUGAAUGCAGUUGCUGAAAAUCCUAACAUAGAGGUGAAAGCAGGAAAGACAAAUUGUCUUGACUUUGGUGAUUUGCCAUCAGGCAGCUGGAAAGCUCUCCCACUGAAACUGACUAACAAGACUUGUGCUAGAGUGCCAGUCAGACUUGUUAUUCAUGCUAAUGCUGUAGCAUGGCGCUGUUUCACAUUUACCAAGGAACCAGUUAACUCUACUCUUAGAAGUGCAGAUCAUACUUACAUUUCCCAGUUAGCAGCCCCUUCAGUGAUAUCCCAUAUAAUGAAUGCAAGCUGUAAUGAGCAAGAUCCCGAAGUUCUAGUGGUUUGGGUCCUGUUCCAGGCACCAAGCAAAUGUGUAUCUUCAGAUUGUUUGGGCCCAGCAGAUGAGUACUUUGCAAGAAUUGAUGUGGAGCUUGAUUGUCCAGAGCCAGCUAAUGUCCUAAGAAGUGUUCCUCUAAGUGCAAGAUGUGGAACCCCUCUGAUAUUUGCUCCAAAGGGCCUACAGACUUUAUAUAUGUCUACAGAGAUUGGAUUGUCUACAAGACAGCAGUUGCCAUUAAGGAAUGCAGGGAAUAUUAAAGUUGACUUGAAGAUCACGACUGUACAACCAGAUAGCUGCAUUUCUGUUAAACCAGAGGAUCUUGUUCUCAUACCUGGGGAAGAAAAAGAAGUGACAGUUGAGUUUUCUCCAAAGGACUACAAAAGUGCAGAAAGUGUUGUGGAAAUAUUGGUGUUGCCAUCUGGGCCAGAGUACAAAGUGACAGUCAAAGGUGACGUGACCAUGCCAGAAAGAAAGGCUUUGGUGCAGAAAUGCCCCACUACAGAAGUGACCCCCAUUCUCGCCAACAAGGAACUUCUAGCGUGGGGAGGUGUUCAUCUUGGAAGAACAGUUCAACAGAAAUUGGUUCUAAGAAAUGACUCUUCAUCUAUUACUCAGCAGUUACAAUUGCUGAUAAGGGGUCAAGAUCAAGACUGUUUUCACUUGAAACUUGAAGAACGUAUUUAUAAAAGCUGCGAAAUCAAGAUACUCCCAAAACAUGAUUAUAAUGUCUGUCUAAUCUUUACACCAUCUCGAUUAGCUUGCAUGUGUGCAAAGAUUGAAAUGAAACAGCUUGGCCUUCCAUUUCAUCCAGGAAUCAAAUUUACUAUACCACUGUAUGGAUAUGGAGGGAAAAGCAAUGUGAGAUUAGAAGAUGUUAAAAAAUAUGGCAACAGAUACAUAUUGGGACUGCAAGAACUGUCACCUGGUAAAACAUGCCAGACUUCUUUCACUAUACAAAACACAGGGCAUCGUGCUGCCUAUGUGAAAGGACUGUGUUUUAAGAACUUUGGUGAGAGAAAUGCUAUGGAUCCAAAAGUGAUGAACAUUUUUCCAGACAAGUUUAUCCUGAAGGAAGGAUUGCAACAGAAAGUUACAGUAACAUACACUUCUCCUGAAGAACACAAUAUAUCACCUGUAUUGGCUACAAUUUGUGUUUUCUAUGGGGAUGAAAUUUCAAGACAGCAAUACGUCAGUUCUAUACAGCAUGGUGUAGCACAGGUGCAAAAAAUACUCCCUGCCAAUAAUCCAGCCAUAAAUGUGAAGUUUGAUGAAGAAUUCCCUGGGCAAGAGCUGGUGACAGAAGUGUAUGAUCUUCCACAACAUUCAAAUGAUCUUCAGUGUUUUUUCACCAAUAUGCGACGGAUUACUCUUUCUGUGGUUAAUGCCUCCAAAAUGAAAGCUUGUGAUGUCAAGCCAUCUUCAGCACAUCCUGCAACACUGGAAAGACUUGAUACUCCUGAAAAAAAUAGUAUGACUUUGGAUGUAUUGCCUGUUAAAGGACCUCAUGGUUGUCCAUUGUCUUCAACUGCCCAUAAUCCAAAUGAAAACCAACUUGUUUCUCAGGACACUUGGACUCUUCAGUCUGAAUUUAUAAUUCUAACAGCUCCUUCUCAGAAUGGAACAACAGUUACUAAAUAUGCACAAAUAAUUAACAACUCAAGCAGACCACUGAAAUUUGAGCUGUCAUGGCCUGCUCACUGCCUUACUGUAACACCUCAACAUGGAAAUAUUGAACCAAGAAGCAGCAUUUCAAUUCACGUGAGUCCAAACCCUUCACUCGCAGAAAAUAAAUCCAUAUUCCCAUGGAGUGGUCUUAUUUAUAUACACUGUGAUGGUGGACAAAAGCUUCUUAGAGUACAGAUUCGGGAAGAUACUUCAGAAAAGCCAUCUGAGAAGGCCUCACCAGUUGCCAGAGUUGGCAUUCAGCGACUGGCUGAGCUUCCUGUUAUUCACAUACAGCCCCUUCAAACACCAUCAACAAAACUUGAAGUAAAGAAUCGGUCUGUGUGUUUUCCUGAGACAUGGUGUGGUAAAACUGCAGAGAAAUAUCUCGAAAUUGAAAAUAAUGGAGAUGAAAAUGUAAAAUGGUUUUUGUCAUCUUUUGCACCACCUUAUGUCAAGGGUGUAGAUGAAAGUGGAGAGGUAUUCAGAGUUACAUAUACUGCUUUCCGAUGUUCAUCUCUUUCUGGUUCUGUUGAAGCCCACGGAAAAGAAAAAGUUGUAGUCACCUUUUUGCCUAGAGAUAGAGGACAUUAUUCUCAGUUCUGGGAGCUUGAAUGUCACCCUUUUCACAAAUCUCACCUGAAAGACAAGCACAGGCUUCAGUUUUGUGGAAUGGGUAUCCUGCUGAAUGAUGGCUUAAAAAAUGACAUUUCUCCACCUGCUUUAGUAAAAAUUAAUGUUCGGGAUGUGUCUCAAAGAAUAGAUUUCCCUGACAACAUUGACCAAAAAAUCUGCAAAGGUGUAUAUGCCCAAGAAGAUGUUUAUACAUUCCCUCCAACAAAAAUUGGUGAAUCAAGCACACUGAAAGUCAGCAUGCGAAAUUAUUCUCCCUCUUCAAGCAAGCUCAAGUUCAGAAAUCCCAAAGAACCUUUCCACAUCAAGCACUCCCAUUAUAAUUUGAGAUCUUACCACUAUUGCAAUUUACCAGUCCAUUUCAAACCAGUGUCACCAGGUACUUUCAAAGGCUUGCUGGUGGUAGAGACGGACAAAAGCGGUAUCAUUACCAUCCAGCUUAUUGGCAUGUGUUUAGGAGAACAGUAGUUAAAGACUGCUGUUAAGAUGCUGUACAAAAUUUGAAACUAAAUUAUUGAAUGAUAACUUGUUUAUUAUACUAAAAUGUGUAUUUUGUAAAAAAUAAACUUGAGCUAUUUGUAUUUUUUAAUAAAGUCAUUUUGUAGGUUAUCAUGCUUUGGACACUAUUGCACUUUGGCUGUUGGAAGCAACAGUUUGUCCUAUUUUUUAUGAUUUCACAAGUUACAAUUUUAAGUAUUAAAAUAUGAAUAACAAAUUAAUAAAAUUGUUCAUAAAAUUAUUUCCUUUCAACAGUACCUAUAAGUAGACUUGUGUUUUUUACAACUUUGAACUUGAAGCAAAAAAUAAGAGUGUAAAAUUUCAAGAAAUAUUUGCCUCUGUUACCCAAAUUUAGCAAAACCUGAGGGUUCUGCUCUGUAGAUUAUGUUAUACAGUCUUCCUCGCAUCUGUUUUGUUGCAUCAUUAUUAGUAUUAAUAUAGUCUUCACUUUCGAAAAAUAUGCAAAUUUUAAAAUACAUAUAUAAUAAUAAUGAUAAUAAAAUCUUUACUGAUUGAUUAUUAAAAGCUCUGGAAAAAUUCAAAA